AUGACAGAAGGAAACACAGAGGUCACCACAGAAGCAGUAAGAGGCACAACAGGAAAAGAUCCUGGUGCUCCACCCAAGAUCCUUGACACUAAAGUGGAGGAGAGUUCUGAAGUACCUAUUUUAGAAGACACGUCAUCAUCACCUACAGAUAUUCAACAGCACCUAUGGCAGGUUUCCACGGAUAUUGAAAACACUGAAAGAGAUAUGAGAGAAAUGAAAAACCUUUUAAGCAAACUCAGGGAGACUAUGCCUUUACCACUGAAAAAUCAAGAUGAUAGCAGCCUCCUAAACUUGACUCCGUAUCCAUUGGUAAGAAGACGGAAGCGAAGAUUCUUUGGAUUGUGUUGUCUUGUCUCAAGUUAGAAGAUUAAGCACAGAAGCACCAAGAAAAUAAUGGCUCAAACCACUAUUCUUUGACCACUGAAAAGAUGAUCGUUGCUACUCUUGAUUAUAAAGUACAUUUUCUACACUAGGCUAUUCAUUUUGCUGUUCCGCUCCAUUCUCCUUUUCAAAUAAGGGUUUUAAUAGCUAAAAAAUAUGGUGGUCAAAACCAGCUGUGGAAUAGAUCUAGCAUAUUUGAAACUUUUCAAAGUAUGUUUUGCAUGCUUACUUUCAAUCACUCAAAGAAAACUCAUGAAUUAUGAUUCAUAGAUAAUUUUAAAGGGUUUUUUUAUUGUCUGAACUGCAGCUAAAACGUUGUGCAUAGUACAGUACUCUUAUUAGUAUCAUAUUAAAAUACUUGGUCAUACUCUAUCAGUCUUUAAGCAUAGAA